AUGGAACAAUUUUUAGAAGAGUUUACACGUAUUCAUAAGGAAUUAGCAGAUAAAGAAGGUAGACGUGAAGAGAUUUUGUUAGACACAUUAAGACAAGGUUUUGAAUUAAUGGAACAAAGAUCAAUUGAUAAUAAAAGUAAGAAGAAUAAUGUUAAGGCAGGAAAGGUAGUUACAUUCAAAGAUAGUAGAAGUGCCGUUGAAGUUAAUGGAUUUUUAUCAAGUGUUAAGUUGUAUUUCACCAUGAACAAGGUUGAAGAUGAUACAGAAAAGGUUAUGUUAUUCGGUACAUAUUUAUCAGGAACAGCACAAUAUUGGUUUGAUCAUUACAUCCAAGGAGAUUACAAUAGAUUUACAUAUGAAGAAGUAGUUAAUGCAUUUAAAGCAAGAUUUUUACCUGUAGGUUAUGAGACAACAGCAAGAGAACGUUUAGAAAGGUUAAGACAAUUAUCAUCAGUAUCAGAUUAUAUUAGUAGAUUUACAGAACUCGCAUCACAAUUAAGUUUUCCAUACGACACACCACGUUAUCAGAUAGAUCGUUUUGUUGAAGGUUUGAAAGAAGAAAUCAAGAAGUUAGUUAAGGUAUAUAAGCCUAAGACUUUAGAAGAAGCUUUUCAAUUAGCACAAUCAUUAGAUGAUACAAGUAAGAGUACAAGAAACAAGUUGGUUAAGAAUAAUUUUGCUCAACAUUUUACAUUUAGAAGAAACAAUUAUGAGAAUGAAGGAAACAAUUUCAGAGAAGGUUCAUAUAGUAGACCAGAUCCCGAUGCAAUGGAUAUAGAUGAAGUCCAGAUGCAAGGAAAUGCAAGAUACCGUAAAGGAAGAAACAAUAUUAGAUCAACAAAGUUAAGAUGUUACACCUGUAAUAGGUUAGGACAUUAUUCAAGAGAUUGUCCAGAGAAUAAUAGAGAUGAAGAAGAGUUAAACAACUCCGCUUAG